AACAGCAAGCAUAUCAAAUUGAAAGUAGAGAUGGCCGGUCACCUGUCAACAAUAAGCCUCUUGGCCAUUGUUCUGCUCGCGGCAUCUGCGAACGCCGGGGGCAUUACGGGAUUUCUCAGCCCUGCAAAUCGCACGUACACCGUUGUUUCUAAUGAACUGCUAAAUUGGAUCGGUGCUAACACAUUCUGUGAGCUUCGCGGCUUGGUGCUUGCUCACAACAUUACUGAUGACGCCGAAUUUACUUACGUGAACGGCUUAUUGAACGGGGCAAGUUUAACAAGCGCGGUGGUCUGGGUCGGCGGCACAGAGAUUGUCGCUGAAGGCAACUACUACUGGACUAAAUCAGGGGAGAGGAUUGAACUCAACAAAUGGGAUCCUGGCCAACUGGCCGACGUUAACAAUAGGUGCCUGGCGUUGAGAAAAGGAUAUUGGUAUCGUGGUGGUUGCAAAACUGAAGCGUCCUUUGUUUGCAUGUCGCCCCCAGCCUGAAGAACUAAUUAAGUUAAAACCACUCAAACCACUUAAAUAGGAGAACGAUCACUUUCAACCAGAUUUGAUGGUCAAUCUGCGCAAAAUGUAACUUUGUGAUCCUCUAGGAAGAUAUUUAAUUUAUUUGAUGUUAUUAUUUAUUAAUUUAUUUGAACAGUUAAUAAAUGCGAUUAGUUUUAUAUAAA